AUGUCGACAAGAGACAGCCAUCAUAGGAAACGGGACAGAAGCAGGAGCCCCGAAGACGACAACCAUCAUCGCCGUUCAGAACCUUCCAAGCCCCGCGACAGAGAACAUCGCCAUCGCGACGAGCGCGACCGCGAUGUAACAAGGCGACGGGACAACAGUCGCUCGCCUAGCCGCGGCGGCCAUGGGGACCGGGACAGACAUCGCGAAAAGUCCUCGCGUCGCGAACAUGGAAAAGAGGACGAAGACGACAAGAAGAGGUCGUCGAGACGCGAGACUGAGAAGGCGACGGAUCGGAGUAGUAGAGACAAGGACCGGGAGCAGGGACGAAACCGAGAUCGGGACAAGGAUCAUCGACACAGCGAGAAGAGUAGUCGUCGCGAUAAAAACAGUGAUCGCCGCCGCAGCGGUCGCCGUCGAUCUGCAUCUGUAUCAGAGUCAGGAUCGGAAUCUGGAAGUGGUAGCCGCAGUAACAGUGGAUCGGAUAGUGGAAGUGAGAGUGAGGAGGAUGAGAUGGUCAAGAAGGCCAAAUCCAUGAUCCAAACCAUCUCGGAGGACGACUACUUUACAAAGUCGUCAGAGUUCAGGUUAUGGCUUCGACAGAGCAAGAAGAAGUACUUUGAAGACCUAACUGCAGACGAUGCCCGCAAGUAUUUCAAGAAAUUUGUCCGCCGCUGGAACAACUUUGAACUCGAUGAAUCGUACUACAAGGGAGUCCGCACAUCCCAAAUCCCCACAAAUUCAAUGACCAAGUACCAAUGGAAAUUCGCCAAAACCAUCGAUAAGGCGGACCUCAACAAAGUCGAGAGUAUCAAGGAUUCGAUUGAUACGAUGACAAACGUCCGGUUUGCGCAUGAGGUUGGCCGGCUUACUGGAGUGUCCUCUGCUAGUGCUUUGGAAUCUGGAACUGGAUCGGGAUCUGCAGCGGGAGCGAAGAGGACUUUGGGACCUUCGAUGCCUCCACCUGCGGCAGGAGCAUCCAUUGGCCCACGGCGACCCAUGACCGCCGAUGAAGUCGCCGAAAAGGAAGAAAAAGACUUUCGAAACCGCCAGCACCACAGAGCAGAUCAAAAACGGCAUCGCAAAGAUAAAGAAACGGUCCUCGAAGAACUCGUCCCAAAGCCGACAGGACGCGAAGCCAUACUCGAGAAGCGAAGGGCUCAAACUGCGUAUCAUCGACAGGAACGGUCUCCCGAUGUUGAGUUGCCAGAACAGGAUCUGAUGGGCUCUGGUGGGGGUGGGGAUGAUUACAGGUCGAUGCUGGCGGCGGAGAAGAGAAGGAAGGAGGCUAGGGAGGCGAGGCGGUAUGGUGGUGGCGGAGCAGGGCCGGAACAGCCGUCGUAUGGGCCUAGUGCUGGCAGUGCUAGUGGUCCCAGUGCUGCUGGACCACCACCAUCCGCAGGGAGUGUGCUCGGAGUGAAGCAGCAGGCGUACAAGGAGAAGGAGGCCAAGCAGAUGGAAGAGUUCCGGAAACUCUGGGCACAAACUCAAGCCAACAAAGGAGGUCUGUAA